UGACGGCUGACUGUUUCUGCUCUGAAUUUUGAAGCUUGUUGAUACUCAACAUGGAUGAGGCUCCUUUCAUGACUCUGCUGCUGACAGGCUUCCUGGUUUCUACCACUUCGUCAGAACAAGAGAUUAUCUUUGUCGAGCAGCCGAUGGCGUGGGAAAAGGCGAAUGACUACUGCUUCCAGAAGUCCUGGGACCUGGUCCAGAUCCGAAACGAGGAGACUGCCACUGCACUGAAGAUUCUCUCUGAGGGACUCACAGGGAGCGCCUGGAUAGGACUCUAUGAGAACUACUCCUCCUGGAACUGGGUGGACGGCACGGAACCCGGAUAUAUCAACUGGGCGUCUGGUCAUGUGAUGAAGGGCACGGAGCUCUGUGCGUCGGUGAAAGAUGAUGGGACCUGGAUCAGUAGCGUCUGCACCGAGACAAAAACUUCCAUUUGUUAUGAUGGUCAAGGCUUAGUCGCAAUUCAAACUGAGUCUAGCUGGAUUGACGCUGUGACGGAAUGUGAGGGAAAAGGAUUCAUUCUGGUCAAAAUUGACAGACCACUAAUGAAUGCUAUUGCCAGGAAUAAAGUGACCGGCAACCAAUCAUGGAUUGGUCUCAGCAGGCCCGCCCUCUGGCACUGGUCAGAAAAUGAAGAGGCUCUUGGGAAUUAUCAGACGUGGAAUGUUGGUGAACCUGUCUCUCCAGAGACCAGCCCUCCUCCCGAAGAAAAGGGUUGUGCAGUCGUAUCACUGACAAAUGGAAGCUGGAGCCGACAGCCAUGCAUCAAUAAGCACCCAUUUUUCUGUUCUACAGAACUAGAAGAGAAGACUGUGGAGAUGCAGAAGACUCUGGUGAGGAUAACGAUCCAGUCCAGUGCAAACAUGGCAGAUCCAGUCCUCCAUGCCAACCUAAAGCGACAGCUGCACUCAGCAGUGUCUCAGCACACUUCGGAUAAAAUCAAGAUGAGCUGGUACAAACGGCCAGAGAAGGUACAGGAAAAGGCAACAGUGAAAGAUGAGUGUUGAAUCCGUGAGAACGUCUUUCAGGCUACGAUGCCGCAUCGUUCUUCACACAAAGAAUCUUUUCUGCCUCUUACCCAUAACAUUACACUUAAGUAGCUAACUCUGCUUUUUGAUGUAGAAAUAUUCUUUAUAUUUCAGUGAUUUCAUGGCGGUACUGAGUUAAAUACCAGCUUCAUUGAUGUAUGAAUUGUAAAAUAUUUAACUUUUACUGUAUAUUACUAAAUAGUGUGUCUCAUCAUUGUCUUUCCUUAUUAUCUUUUUUCUUGCAAUUUUCAUAGACAAUAAUUAAAAUUUACAUCAUACUCAAGGAAACAAUAUUAUUACAUAUAUUUCAUAUUAAAUCUAAUCACACUGCCAUUUGUCCUACCACUGAUUCGAGCUCCAAAAAAGAAUUAGGCAGUUUCAUUGCUGACAAUGUUUUUGUUUGAGACCGUUUGCAAUAUUGUGGUUUAAAACUGGGGAUGUCCCGAUCCGAUCAUGUGAUCAGAAAUCGGCCCGAUCACGUGAUUAUGGACUCGCUCGGGAUCGGAAGUUUCCUCCCGAUUUGGUUGGAUACAUAUGUUUAUUUUUUCUUUAAUUUCCUUUUUAACCCAUUGAAGCCGGGACGCAUUUACGGUAGUGGCGUUGUUGCGCAAUUCCAUCAUUAAACCCGGAAUCAAUUUUUUCAAUCAAUUUAUUUUUUGUAUAGCCCAGUAUCACAACAACAGUUGCCUCAGAGGGCUUCAAGAUGUUACAAAAUUUUUUUUAAU